AUGCCUCUCUUCAGCGCAUACCAUGAGGAACCUCCCCGUACCAGCAACACCUUCGACCAGCCUCCUCAACGCAGUCGUUCUAUCUUCUCUCGCAACCGCUCCAACUCUCCUCCAGCCAGCAACCGAUCCUCGGUCACUAACGGGUCAAGCACCCGUAAUGGUGGCCUGUUUGGUAGUCUGCGCUCGCGCUCGAGCGACUCGAGCAUCGAACAGACGAAACGAAACAUGUCCAGAGAUCCCACCAUCGCUGCUGCGCGGAUGAAGGUCGCCGACGCCGAAGCUGCAGAGAGAGCUGCAGACAAGGCACUUGUUGAGGCACGCUCUGCUGUCAAGUCCGCCCGCGAGCACAUCAAAGUCCUCGAAAACGAAGUUCUGGAAGACGCUAGACGUGCUAAGGCCAAACAGGCUGAGGCUAAGAAUGUGAGCAAGAGCGCGAAGGGCCUCGGCCGUCACGGAUGA